AUUCAAUCGUUCAUCUCGUGUUGAAUUCUAAAUUACAUUUCAUUUUAUUUCGCUUGUUCCGGUUAUUCUACUCGUUUCAACUAUUCCGCCUAUUCCUACUGUUCCGCAUUUAUGUAACGGCCAUGAUAUCACUUGUUGAUUAUCACGUACUCUCGUCGGAAGCCGGCAAUUUUUGUGACGCAUUUUUAUGAGUUUAUUAGAAUAAUAUAUUAUUGCAUUGUUUAUUAUUUAAAAAAAUAAAGAACAAAAUGUAUCUUGUGCAAUUUGAUAAGAAAAAUUUAUAUCAUAUUUGUGAUGACAAUUCUAUUAUUAAAACAGAAGAAGCUUAUUUAGAAGAAGGUGACAAAGUUCAAUUUAUUUUUAAAAAUAAAGUGCAUAAUGGAAUUAUAUUGAAAAAAUCAGAUGACAGAAAUUCUCUGAUAUCUGAGAAGAAAAAGUUAGAACAAGCCUCUUCGAAGAAAACAAAUAUUGAUUUGAAUAAAUCUAGUUCUUUAGGUAAACGAAAACGUAUAGCAGCAAAAAAAUGGUCUCCUAGAAUAACCCCAAAAAAAGAAAAAACAACAAAAAAUGAUGUUCAGAAAAAACAGAAGAAAAUUUUAAAAACAAAAGAAAACAUUUCGUCCUCAGAAAGUAGUGAACCGAAUGAACCAUGUACAUCGAAAGUACAAGAUAUUUCAAAAUUGAAGAAAAGAAAUGUACCAAAAAUGAAUAUCGGAGAAGCUAGGGAUGAUUAUUCUAUUGAUACAGCAAAAAAUGUGGAGCAAAAUCGAAAUAAAUUAGCACCUGGAGAUGAACAACAUUUUGAUGACAUGCAGGAUAAUUCGCGGUAUUGUAUACAGGAUGAUGGUGAAGAUGGUAUACAAGAAAAUUAUCAAGAUGUGAUUGAGGAAAAUAAUCAAGAUGCUAUACAAAAUAAUGGUAAUGAUAACGACCAGGAAGAAGAGGUACAUAUAAAUCAAGAAAAUAUUAUGCGUAAUGCCAAUAUUAAUAGAGAAGAAAGAGAGCUAGAUGAUGAUGACAAUAUCGAUUAUUCAGUACCAGGUAGUCAGUUAAUCGGUAGAGUUCAUCGUAAUGAGCAGAUGAUUGAAUUACGAGAAAACAUAUAUUGUCGAAAAAUAAUACUGGACAGUGCUAUAGGAGGGUCACGAAAAGCAUCUCACAUUGCAAGACGCUUGAUUGAAGGUGUAUUCAAGCCACAUGCUUUGUCCAAGUGCACUUUUACUGGCCAAUCAGUUCGCUCACAAGGCCGAGAACGUUUACAACAAACCACAUAUUGUCUCGAUGGAACAGCUAAAAAGGUUAUCAUUGAAUAUUCAAAAGAAAAAGCGACUGAGCUGGGGCUUGAAGUUCAAAGUGAUAAUUACAUCGGAAAAGCAAUGUCACAACGAUUGGGAGAGAUUAAGAGGGAAUACCAAUGUGCAAGAAGUACAUUCCAUAACAACUAAUACUCACAGAAAACGUGAUUUUGGAAAAAUUAUUUCAAUUUUUUAUUCAUUUGCAUGCUUUAAAUGAUUUUCAUUAUCAAAGUUUAGUUUUUUAGAGCUCGAUGCUCAUUGAUAUUUUUAUGUCAUGAUUUAAUUUAGAAAUAUUUUGGUAACUUGUCUACUUCUAUGGAUAUAGACUGAUUAUUUGUGUAGUUACAUUAUUAUUCCGGUAUUGUUAAUUUGUAAUACGUCCAAUAAGAAGUCAUAAUUUAAAUGAUUUUCAUUAUCAAAGUUUAGUUUUUUAGAGCUCGAUGCUCAUUGAUAUUUUUAUGUCAUGAUUUAAUUUAGAAAUAUUUUGGUAACUUGUCUACUUCUAUGGAUAUAGACUGAUUAUUUGUGUAGUUACAUUAUUAUUCCGGUAUUGUUAAUUUGUAAUACGUCCAAUAAGAAGUCAUAAUUUAAAUGAUUUUCAUUAUCAAAGUUUAGUUUUUUAGAGUUCGAUGCUCAUUGAUAUUUUUAUGUCAUGAUUUAAUUUAGAAAUAUUUUGGUAACUUGUCUACUUCUAUGGAUAUAGACUGAUUAUUUGUGUAGUUACAUUAUUAUUCCAGUAUUGUUAAUUUGUAAUACGUCCAAUAAGAAGUCAUAAUUUAAAUGAUUUUCAUUAUCAAAGUUUAGUUUUUUAGAGUUCGAUGCUCAUUGAUAUUUUUAUGUCAUGAUUUAAUUUAGAAAUAUUUUGGUAACUUGUCUACUUCUAUGGAUAUAGACUGAUUAUUUGUGUCGUUACAUUAUUAUUCCGGUAUUGUUAAUUUGUAAUACGUCCAAUAAGAAGUCAUAAUUUAAAUGAUUUUCAUUAUCAAAGUUUAGUUUUUUAGAGUUCGAUGCUCAUUGAUAUUUUUAUGUCAUGAUUUAAUUUAGAAAUAUUUUGGUAACUUGUCUACUUCUAUGGAUAUAGACUGAUUAUUUGUGUAGUUACAUUAUUAUUCCAGUAUUGUUAAUUUGUAAUACGUCCAAUAAGAAGUCAUAAUUUAAAUGAUUUUCAUUAUCAAAGUUUAGUUUUUUAGAGUUCGAUGCUCAUUGAUAUUUUUAUGUCAUGAUUUAAUUUAGAAAUAUUUUGGUAACUUGUCUACUUCUAUGGAUAUAGACUGAUUAUUUGUGUCGUUACAUUAUUAUUCCGGUAUUGUUAAUUUGUAAUACGUCCAAUAAGAAGUCAUAAUUUAAAUGAUUUUCA